UUAAUUUAAGUGCAUCCACUCAGACAAAUCAUGAUUUUCUGAAUUUCAUUUCCCAAGGUUGAUGACCACAAAACCAUGCAGUCAUUUGGUCAGGCUGCAUUCAACCUAAAUGAGGAGGAAUUUAGGUGGCUGGAAAACCUCGUCAACUUCAAGUGCUGUCCUCAAGGUCAGGCCAGUGAUUAUGUUUUCCACACAACACUUGGAAAACAGAUUGGUAAGGCCGGGCACUUCCUUCAUCUCGCUUGGGUGGACUGUGGAAUGAAGGGCACAAUCAGUUUUAACAAGAUCCGGAGCAGUGUCUCUACUCAAGCCAACCAAUACCUCUCUGAAAAGGAGAGAAAACAGGUGGCAAAAGCCAUGUGCCACGACCCCAGCACGGCAGAGAGAUUUUAUGUGGCUCUGCCAGACAAAGUCACAGGAUAUGAGACAAGGAGGCUGAGACUAAAGGCUUUAAAGAUGGCCAUUGCAAAACCCUCUGAAGAGGAUGAAAAGAUAACUGAUACUUCAUCAGACGACACACCAGAGACAAGCACAGAGGAUGAGGAGCCAAUCUACGAUGACCACGAGUCCGUCUCUUCACUGUCAUCUGAGGAGUUAAGGGUCAUGCGUAAAAGACGUGGAAGGCCUUCCAAGGCAAGAAGUGGGGCGAGAAUAACCUCCAGCUGUGAGGUUCCCACAUCAUCACAGGACAGCCUUCCACCAGCGCAACCUCUCAAGUCCAAGAGGAAAUUGGAAUUCUUAACUGAAGAAUCUGCAGAAAUACAUAUCUACACACCUUCGAAGUGUGCUAUUGUUGUUGAGAAGUUGCACCAACCAAUUGCUGAGUAUUAUCUCUUCAAAGCAAAUCUUUCCAAUGCCCUGCCUGGGCAAGCACCCCUUGCCGACCCAAAGAACCUAACUGCACAGAGCACCAGGUUCCUAGCAGCACAGACAGCUCAGGAGGAACCAAGUAGCAAGCCCGAGCCCCUCACUGCCAAGACCACAGAUUGUGUGUCAGUGCCCGCAACUGAGCAGGUCCCAGGGAAUGUGCCAGCACCCUUGAUCCCCGUAGAGCAGACUCCCGACUGGAUGCUAGAAACGCAAGAGGAGAAGAAUGCACAAACCCCUCCGGGACUGGACCCAGAAUGUGUUCUGAAUCUUAUAUUCCAGGAGACACCAGAGUUGGUGCCAGAAACACCAGAAGACCAGAUGCCACAAACCCAAGCGGAGGAUGUGCAGAAGCCCUAGCCAGGUAGGGCCUGGAAUGUGCCACAAACCCCGUCAGAGGAGGUGUUUGGGUUUGUGCAUGUCCCUUAUUCAAGACACUAAAACAUAUUGCCCCUUGGAUGUGAUUACCCAUUGAUAGGAAUAAUCAUGUUUAAAAAGUUUAGGUUUUAAAGUAAUAUACGUUUAUUUAGCUUUAAAAGGAGAAAGAAUGCUGACGCUUUGAUUUAUUUACAUUUUUUGUAAAAUUUAUAGUUUGUCUGUGUUAGAUUGCACAGAAGCUAGACUGAUUCAAAUUCAUGCUCACACACUCACACACUCAUGCACAGGCAAACAUGCACGUAUACACACACACACACACACACACACACACACUUUUUAUUUUGAUCAUACUUACUGAACU